AUGGGAGAAGAGUGGCAAAUCCCAGAACAAGGAGAGAAAAUUUUCGUUUCCAUUAGAUUAAGGCCACAGAAUGAUAAAGCAAGGAAUCGUAUAUGUGAUUGGGAAUGCCCUGACAAUCACACCAUCGUUUUCAAGCAUAGUUUGCCGGAACGCUCCAUGUUCCCUGCCGCCUACACAUUUGCAAGCAUAUUUGCAUAUGGGCAAACAAGCAGUGGAAAGACAUAUACAAUGAGGGGUAUCACUGAAUAUGCAGUAUCGGAUAUAUACGACUACAUUGAGAACAAUGGGGAAAGAGACUUUGUGGUGAAAUUCUGUGCCAUGGAAAUAUACAAUGAAGCCGUGAGAGACUUACUUAGCCCUGAUAGUUACCCACUAAGAGUGCUAGAUGAUCCCGAGGUAACAGAUUUCUCCCUUCUUAAUGCUUCCCGGUCAUCGUUUUGCACGAUCAUAAGUGUUUUACGACAUUGUUGUCACUCAACAGAGGGGAACCGUUGUGGAGAAACUUACUGAGGUGACUCUAAGAAACAGGGAACAUCUUCUCGAGCUCCUUGCAAUAUGUGAAGGUGAAAUAUUUUCAUGGACUUGCAUUUGCAUAUGAUU